AUGUCAGACCCACUCUCUCCUCCCCAUUCAACAGAUCCCGUACCCCUCACCUCGGCACACGUUCCUACAUCCAUCCCACCUCCAGCAUCGACCGCGAAGACUGGCAGAAGGAGCGUGAGACUAUUCGCGCCGGAUGGUGAUUCGAGCUCGGACGAGGAAGGGGGACCGCUGAUAGGUGGGAAUCCACACAUUCAGGAUGGUGGGGUAGAUGGCGCCCCACCUGCAAACCCUCGAUCAGCCUCGUAUCCCGGUCCCACCACCCAUCCAUCACCUACAUCCCGUCUCUCAGCUAUCGUAUCAUCCGCUUCUGCCGCUCAACCCAAACUCGCCAGAGCAGCUACUUUCGUCGCACCCUCCUCCUCUUCCUCCACCUCCCGACCACCUAUCACUCACACUUCCACGCACGGUGCAGGAUCUUCUCAAAGUGCAGGUCUAUUCCACCACCAUGAUGGCUGGAGAUCAAGAUUGAGACCUGAUAGUCUAUCCAAGAGCCUACAUACUCCUGGAGUUAGAACGCCCGGUAGUGCAGGUGGUAAUGGUGUCUUGAGAGGGAGAUCGGAUAUGUACAACGAUCCAGAAGCGAGUUAUUUCCACAGCCAUGCUGGACCGUCAAAACGUAGAACUGGAACGACCGAUAUAGAGUCGGAUGAUGAAGAUGAAGACGAAAGACCUCGCAGUGCUGGAUGGCAAAUGGGUAUAUCUCAAUUCAAAGGAUUAAGUCAUGACAGAAAGAAUGAUUUGUCGGAUGAGAGUAAAAAUGGGCAAUCUCAACAAUCACAACAAGUUCAGCAACCACAGCAACAACAACAGCAACCUCAAAUUGCUUUGACAAGAGCCGAAAAUUCAGUCUCAAAUGAGGAAAAACAAGAGAGGUUAGAUUGGCAAGGAAUGUUGGAAAGUGUAUUGACAUCGGAUGUACUAAAAAUUGAAGAAGCAAGGAUAUCACAAGCUAUGCCAACCGAAUCUUUCAGAGAGGAAUUUGGUCAGUCGUUAUGGUGGCAGAUACGCGCGAAGCUACGUGGAAGGACUGAAGCGGAAGAGAAAAGAAGAGUGCAUGAGAGAAGAGCGAGAGUGGUAGAUACGGUUUUAGAAGAGGUCGCAACCUUCAAAGCUAGAUCGUACAUGCCAACCAUCACAAAUGACGUGGACGGAACGGCGAAAGAGGGAGAAGAAGAUAAGGAUCUUGGUCCUCAACACACUGCGUUGGAACAAGUCAAUCUGAUACUAGCGAAAUUGGCAGCAAUCAAAGCUCUGUAUCCGAAUUUAGCAGCGAUGCGGGCGGAUAAACCAACUUACGCCUCACCUGUUUUCAGAGCUAAGACAGAUGCGCUAACUGCCUGGUCGACCGUCGUCACUGCUCUACAAACUCAAUUGGGGUUACUACAGAAAUGGACCGGAUCGGAUGAUUUGGAUAUCACCAAACCCAAUACAACUAAGGAAAAAGCUUUAACGGAUAAGUCGACGUAUACAUAUCAUCCGUUGGAUUCCCAGGGAGGUAUGCCCAUGACGGCUGGUAAGGAUGCAGCGGAUGAUUCGAGUUUCUUAGAUCGAAUGAUGAAAGAGGAUAAUUUACAGAGGAUGUUUGAAAGAAGAGCUUUCAUCGAUCUGAUCAACCUGGUCAGAAAUGCCAAAGAAACUGUUAUCAGCUAUCUACCGAUCUUCGAAGAACAGAAUUUACCUGAUUUCCAAUAUGAACUAGUCAGGUUGAUCGGAUUCCCAGGGAGGUUGAUCAUAGAAGCUUUGAAAGUCAGAUUAGACGCUGCAUCAAGAUUGGUAGAUCCAAAUCCUAUGGUCGUGUCUGAUUUCAUCGAAAAUUUACGAUUGUCAAUCUCGCUCGCUGUAUUAAUUAGGAAACAGUAUGAUGAGAUUAUUGCUCCGGAUGAUGAUGGACGAUGGAAAAUACCGCAUUGUUUACCGCCAGAAUAUAACGAUGUCAUGUUGGAUGCGAUGAGGGCGUUCUUCAAGCUGUUGCACUGGAGAUUAAGAGGAGUAGGAAGAGGAAGUUAUUUCAAAGAGACUGAGGUAUUGGAAGAUGAAGGGCCCUUCUUGUACGAGGCAGCUGAAGCGAUCGAAGGUGGUGAUAUGGUUGUUGCAGAGCAUUCUUGUGCUCUGUCGAACAAAUUGCUUAUACGAUCUUGCAACUACCUCGAUCAGCAACUCCGAGUGCCGCAGACUUCUGGAAACCCAAAUGCAUAUGGUCGCGAUGGCUCUGCAAAAAUCAUGAAGACAGAAGAGAUGGUCUCAUGGUACGGCAAAUUGCUCGACUCGGCUAGAAUGCGUCAUCGAAAAACGCAACGAUAUUGCCGGAGACUCACUCAGCGAUUCGACAAUUCAGCGGAAUACUCUCUGGAACAAACUGAAGUGGACGCUUUGGUCGCUCAUCUACAAGACUCUGGUCAUUUCCUGGUCUACACGAAUGUCUUCGAAGGGAAGGGAACAUACAUAGUUGCGGAUGGUUCCCUUUGGGCUCAACCUGAUGAAGUACGACAUCUCCUUCAGAGAGCUUUCUCAGUCACUAUACCCGGAUCAAGAGCUCGACCGCGUCAUGAUGGGGAUUCAGAUAAUGAGGACGAUGGGCAUAUUGCCGCAUAUCUCUUACUUCUAUCACCGAGACAAAACUUCGUUUGGACCGGUGCCGUCAUGACCCUCAAUGUGGACUAUAUCGAAUACAUGCUGCAAGAUAAUCGAGUACGAUUGAUAGCGGAUGGACCAACAAGUCGAUUGGCACUUUGUAAACACCUUUUCGCUGAAUCGCUCAUUGAUCCUGAAACUGGCGAAUCAUUAUACCUUCCAUGUCUUGUAGAAGCACAAGCUCAUCUGCCAUCAAUUCAAGGUCAACUCCUCAAAAUUGCCAAAUCAUCUUAUCGAUUAUCGGAAUGUAUCGUUCAAUCUGCUCCUCUCGUUCGGAAUGCUUUCAGAGGUGCCCCGGGCUCACAAGACUUGGUGGAGAAUUGGUACUCCUUUGCUACGGAUCACGGUACGAGAGUCAGUUCCCACAUCGAUCCAUCGUCUUGGGAACGAUUUAGUCGACUACUCAUGCGGCUGGCCAUCUCGUGGAUAUCAUUCAUCUGUCAAGAAUGUAAUCCUACAGAUCGAAAGACCUUCAGAUGGACGGUAGCGGCCUUGACAUACGCUUUCACCAUGACUCGAGGUAAUAAUAUCUUAGCGUUGGAUCGAGCGGAAUUCAGCUUACUUCGAAGACACGUCGGUAAUUGUGUUUCGUUGUUAAUCAGUCAUUUCGAUAUCCUAGGUGCCAGAAGUAGUCUGGAAGCUAAGAAGGAAGCAGAUAGAAUUGAAGCUAUGAGGAGAUUACAGAGAUUACAAGAGAAUUUAGAUGACGAAUUCUUACCAAGGACACCAUCACCUUCUGGACAACCUAGGAUUGAUCGAUCGAUCCGUCUGACCGUGGAAGAAAGAUUAAGGUUGAUCAAUGAAUUGGAACAGAGAAGAAAUGAAGCGGCACCUCAACCUGUCGGUACGGUCCUGGACGAGGAGGUAUCAGAAGAUCGAGCACUGGUAUUUUUGGCGGCGUCAAAAUCGAAUAUCUCCAUGAGAUGGCAACAAGGUGCCUACAUCGGUGGAGGAGCUUCAGGUUCAGUGUUCCUGGGUUAUUCAUUACAGGACAAUACAGUAUUCGCCGUCAAGAUUUUACCUACGGUAGAUAUUCAAUCUUCCCCUGCGUUGUAUGAGAGUAUAAAGAGGGAAUCGGACGUGAUGAGCUUGUUGAGUCAUCCGAAUAUUGUUGGUUUCUUGGGCCUAGAAGUUCAUAGAAAUAGAGUUUGUCUUUUCCAAGAGUACUGUGAAGGUGGUUCUCUCGCUGGGAUGUUGGAGUACGGAAAGAUCGAUGACGAAGAGGUAGUUGGUGCUUUCACUAUACAACUUCUUCGUGGAUUAGAUUAUCUCCAUCAAAAUCGGAUUGAACAUCGAGAUCUCAAACCAGAGAAUAUUUUAAUCGGUGCCAACUCGGUAUUGAAACUGGCAGAUUUCGGUACAGCCAAGAUAAUCAAAGGAAACAAGACGCUCGCAAGAACUCGUGGAGGUGCACAUGCCAAGAUGGAAGGUCUGGAAGGUACACCGAUGUACAUGGCUCCCGAGAUGAUCAAGAAUAUAAGAUCGAAUAAAUUAGGUUCUUGUGAUAUUUGGGGAUUGGGUUGUGUGGUACUUCAGAUGAUCACUGGACGAAAACCUUGGAGUUUCCUGGAUUUCGAUAAUGAGUGGGCGAUCAUGUUCCAUCUUGGAGCCACCACCGAACAUCCACCUUUACCUGAACCUAACGAAAUGUCCGAAUUGGGUAUCGAAUGGAUUGAACGUUGUCUUUCUCUCGAACCGGAUGAAAGACCCACUGCACCUGAGUUGUUGGCUGAUGAAUGGCUGGAACCGAUGUUGGAACAGAUGGCCGCACUUGAAGAAGACCAUCCAGAUGUAUUGGCACCUCACGAGACUGAGGCUGCCCCACCACCACCUGAGGAUCUAUCUACAGAUGCUACUCCCUCUCUGAUCUCGGAGGAGGCUACACCACCCCUCGAACCGGAUAACUACGAAGUAUAA